GUCUCGACACUGCCUAUCAUUGAGGCUGAACAGUCAACAGUGCCCUCCCAGUGCUCCCAUUGCUCCCAAGCACAGUUGGGCGAGAGAGGAGGCCAACCAGGUCAAUCAGGCCAAUCAAGCGGGGGAAUGUGGAUACGUGGGACUUGAGUUGGGAGCCACGAGGGGGUGGAAAUGAUCCUGGACCAGAGACUGGCGAGGGCGCUGUUGUCGCGCUCACCGUCUUUGCGGCUCUCUCGGGGAGUCGGACUGUCUGUCGGACGGGCCUGGCGACAAUCCCAUCGAUCGUUUCCUCUGGUGGAGGCCGCCGUCCUGUCAAUCCCCAAACACGAGGACCACCAUCCCUGCACCUCCCAGGCGCCGUCUUACGACGGUGCCAUUCGAUCUUCCAUGGCGGAAUUAAUACCCACCGCAAGAAAAGGACAGUAACUAAAUUGAAUUAAGGAUCGCAGAAAUAAAAGCCGGAAAAAAACAAAAAAAAAAAACAAAAAAG